GAUAGCGGUAAAAAGCUUCAUGAAAUAAAUUUCAAAUUCAAUAAUCGGGAUGUUCUCGCAUGGUCUAUAGAGCAUGAAAACCAGGCUGAAAUGAAAGGCCUUUAUUCAAAAGUAUUAGAGGGGUUGCUAAUUAGACGAAAUUCAAUAAAAAAACGUCUUGCUCUAUUAAAUGAUAAAAAAGAAGAAUUAGAAAAGAAGAUUAAUUUGGCGGAAGAAAGAGACAUAGUUGUUACAGAUACUUUAAAAUCUGAAUACUCUUCAGUUGUCUUUAAUAUCGCUUGUCUAGACGCAAAACAGCUCGCUUUAAAAGUUUAUAUGAAUACAUUUUACGGUGAAGCUGGGAAUAGUGGGUCCCCUUUCUUCUUGCGAGCAUUAGCAGGUGGGGUAACAUCAGCUGGUCAGCGAAAUAUUAAGCUUAUUGCCAAUCUUGUCAGAAGUAAAAGGUUCAGUGUAAAAUACGGGGAUACAGAUUCCUUAUACCUUGUCUGUCCAGAAGAAU